AUGUUGUAUGUAUUUCAUGUUGAUGCUGGUCUAAUGACCACAUAUGAUAUGAAUCUCACAUUGCAGAGUGUGGCAAGUCUAAAAGCAGCAAUAGAAAGAAAAACAAAAAUCCCAGCACAUUCACUCGUCCUUCUUGUGAGUGGUGGUGAAGUUCUACAGUCUGAUCACAUGGUAUCCUCUUAUAGUGCUGGGACGGACACAAAUCCUAUUUACAUGUUUAGUAAACCAUCAGUAAAAGAGAGUCAUAUUAAACAAUCCAUGGUUGGUGAUCUGAGUCCCAUUGUUGAAUUGAGUACUGGUGAAUUUCGUAGUGACUCUAGUGCCUUUGAUGGAAAGUCAGUGGCUGAACUACGUAAUGCUGUAGAAGUGUGUUGUUCAAUGCAGCCAAAUGUCAGCACAGUGACGUCUUGUGCCGGUUUAGCUAAGCAGUUUAGCGAUUUAGCUCAUGAUGUGUCCAGAAGUUGUGAGCAGCUUGUCCACGAGCAGCAUUUGCAACAUCAGGGAUGGGCAGCUGUUGUAGCGAAUUUAGAAGAUAUAUUUCAAGAGUUUUGUGAGAGAUCUCGUAGUUUCAAAGAAUCAUUUAAGAAGCACAGAAUUAAGAAAGAGGAAUACCACGAAUUGUUAAAUACGUUAAACGAAGUACUAGAGUCUCUGGGCAAGAUUCCAAUAUUAUCAGCACUCCAGUUGCACGCUGAAGCGCAUCGGUUCUCAGCAUUUGAUGUUUUCGAGGAGACGGACUUCGAAGGCCACCACUAUGGAAGUCAGCAGAGGUCCGACACCAGCUCGGAGAAUAGAACGGCCCAGGACUUUGGAGUUGGAGUGUUCAAGUUGUCCGAUGAAGAUGUUUUCGAGCAAAGAAAUCCAUCCACAAGCAACGAAGAAGGUCCAAGUGAGCACCAGAUAGUGGAAUCAGAUGAAGGGAUUACCUACAAAGCUCCAUCUGUCGAGAGCAAGGAGGAACCUACACUAUUACAUUGGAUCCUUGCUCAAGGAAAUAAAGCCUCCUUACAAGAUAUUCUUGAUUACUGCCAGAAAGCACUAGCUUUGAUCGACGCAGAGCCACUAAAAGAGAGCGAAGCCCAACUGUACCAUAUUCUAGAAUAUGCCAACAUGCAUGGACUGAAACAGAUUAAAGGUAUAGAAGACAGACUAUACGGUCUCGAUCAGCUGUUAAAUGACGUCAAGAAACUGGAAAAAGAUCAAAGGGACCAAGCCGCUUCUAUAGUGCAAUGUCGUGACCGUCUCAGCUCAACAUACGACCCGACAGUUCUCCCAACAUUAGUUCAAUCGCAUUGUUGCCAGUUAGAAAAACUUUUAGUGGGUCAUCAGAAAAUCGUCGACAUAAUUAGAAGAAUCGCUAAGUCGAAGGAGGAAUUGUCACAAGUUUUAAAAGCGCGUUUGGAAGCAAUACUACGUAUAGAGAACUCAAUGUCAGUUCAAGAUGCGCACGCGAUGCUAUCGUUUCAAUGUCUGAAUCGUUUGUCCCGUUACUUUGGUAUCGUGUGGCAAUUGCAUCGGGCACCCGCCGUUUUUGUACGGGCUGUACACGAAGUGGCGAGGCGAAGAAGCUUCUCGGAGGCUCACAUUAAGUGGGCUACAGACUUAGCGGAAAAACUUCUAAAGAUCCACGAAGAAGAAGUGAAUCGGCGCCAAGAGUUCAAUACUCUCUUCGAAGGUCACUUCCUCAGGAGUUUGUUCCCCGGUAUGGCAGAUCUUCCCCCACCAUUUGCGACGCAGGCGCCGCUACCCUUUGACGUGAAAUUGCCGAAACUCACUAAUGAAGAUGUUGAAUUCGUAUCUAGCACAUUUCCGGAUGUCGCUAAAGAUAUACCCAAAUACGAUAUGGAAGGCACUGUAAAAUUCUUUCAGCAAAGGUUAUCAAUAUCAGACCAUGAAGAAAGAGACGUCGAUGUACAAGUAGAUCUUGAUAAGGAUUUCGAGUCAGACGCGGACUUUGAGAAGUUGGGCAGACAAAGCGCUUCGAAGCAGAAGAUAGACAUCUCGACGACGUGCUCACCCGACACCGUGGCCGUGUCGACCGUGACCGAGGAUAACAUGGACACGCAUAAAUUCAACAUAGAAAAACUACAAGAUUUCUUACUAAAACUAUGCACUUUGUGUAAAGUGAAUAUCGUUCUAAUAAAAGAAGAAUUGAUGAAACUUAAGAGUGAUUCAGAAGAGCUGAAGAAAUAUAUGAGUGAUAAAUAUCAAGAAGCAACCGAGAGUUGGAUCAGACAUAACGAGGAUACGCAAGAACGUUUCCGAGAAGAGAAACAGAGGUUGAUGGUUGAUCACGAGCUGGAACUCAGUGAUAUCAGAGCGGCUCUCAGCGAAAAAGAUCAAAUAAUCGAAGCUUUGAAGCGGGAGAAGGAAGAAUUGAAGAACCAACACCAAAAAGAAUUAGAGAGCGCUGAAGCAGAACAUAAAAGUACAAAAGAACUGCUAGAACAGUCUAGAGUGGUGAUUAAAACGCUAGAGGGUAAACUGGACGAUGCAGAGAUACAGAAGUCUAAAGUUAUUAAGGAAGUGCAAGAGAAGAUGCAUCUUGAGUACAAAGCUGAGAUUGAGUCAAUGCGAUCGAGGUUCCGACUUGUUGCCCUAACAAACAAUAUGGACAGGUCUCCAUCGGAGUCCAGUCUAGAAAAGAUAGAACGCACAGACGUAAUAGAGAUAGGUCACCACAACGCUAUUGUGAUGCAAACGAAGGAAAACGCUGAGGUGGAGAAAGAACAGGCUCUUAAAGAGGCGACGGAUAAAUGUAAAGCCGAAUGGGAACAGAAAAUGGGCGCUGAGAUCACACUGCUUAAGGCGAAGUAUGAGGCUGAAAAGCAAGUGACAAUAAAUGACGUGACUCGUCGCUUGCUGUCAGAAAAGGACCGCCAAUUAGAGUUGCUUCGCGAGAGAGAACAAACCUUAAUUCGGGAAUGUACUAAAUAUCGCGAAACUAUACAGCAACUAACCGAUCCGGAGACAAAUGACUACGAUAGCCUGCUUAAAACUCAGUUCGCAACCCUUGAAAAUGAGAAGGCAUUACUGCAACAGCAAGUCGCAGAUCUCAAGAAAGAGUUGGAAAAGAGAAUAGAAGAGGGAGAUAAGAGUAGAGAAGAUGAUAGCGAGGGCAGAUCCUCGUCACCCAAAAAAGAAGAGGGAAGAAGAAGUAGAAUACGCUGUCACACGCCCUUGGGUUUGUCUGCGGGCGCCCUUAGUCUAUCGUCUUGUCUGCCCGGACACACGGUAUUUUUACUUUGGGAUCCAGCGCAUCUCAACUAUACUGUACUGCAGGAAGCAUCAAUAAUGUACUUCGUCCAUAGUGAUUGUCUACCUGCUCUAGACCUGAGCAUAAACGUGAAGAACGAAAACGAGAGACGUUUAUACGCUGUUGCCACUGUUGAAUCUAAAGAGUAUUGUUAUGCUAAGAAGAACGGCAACCGUUUUCACAUGCCACGAGGUUCGCGCUUCUACAGGGUAAGAGUGAAGCCGAUGAAGCCCCACCCACCCCAUCCACAAUGCUGUGAUCAUAGACAUAAGCAAGAUGCACUAAAGGACAGCGUCAUCUCCGCACUCGAUGCCAAGCCGCUCAAGAAGUGGCUAACCUACAUGCAUGCCCCAGACACCCAAAAGUCCGUAGACACGAGCCAGUCAACGAGUUCGGCGACGGAUGAUGCCAAUAAAGUUGCUGAAGUCGCCACCGCGACGCUCAUCAACUUAGAGUCGCCGGUUUCCUGUAGCGAUACGACCCCCGCGCCCCCGCAGUCCGAUUUGGAUCAGCUAGAUUCCAUAGAGUCCAGUGAACAAUGGCACAGCACCAAGAUGCAGGUGUCCACAGCCAGUGCUUUAACGGAUAUGGAGUGCAGUGUAGGCAGGUGUCCCGGUCCUGAACCCCUGGAACUUACAGUCAGUUCGGUGUCAGUUGUGGCUCGCGGCUCAGCGCCGCCCGGAUCUGAGCUGGCCGAGGAAGCAACCCCCUGA